UCAAUAACAAAAUGGUCGCAUAUGGAACAGUAGCUCUUUUCUACACCCUGAUCUGCUUUUGCCAGCUCAUUUCAGGUACUGAAUGCUAUGGUAGUGGAGCAGACAAUACACUUUCUGUCCAGCGUGGAGGAUCAGUCACUAUCCCGUGUUAUUAUGACAGUAAAUACACACAGCAGAGAAAGUACUGGUUCUCAGACGCUGAUAAAAUUAAAAUAUUCACAAACUGUACGAAUGAAACUGUGUCAGUAAUUGAUCAUCCUGCUCAGAGUCUUUUUACUGUGACUAUGAGAAACCUGACACGUGGUGGAAGCUAUACUUGUGUUGUGGACAAUGAAUCCUUAUUUGAAACCUACAUCCAUGUUCAACCUGUUCCUGAUGUGUCUGUGGUGUCCAGCAGUGUAUCUGGAGAUGAAGGUGGUAAUAUCAGUGUAAAGUGUCUCUACAGUUCUGCAUAUAAGAACAAACACAAACAGUGGUGCAGAUAUAAAGACAAGAGGUGUUACACAUCCCAGAGUUCAUCAGUUGAGAUCAGUGAUGAUGAGAGAGCAUCCUUCACUGUGCUGAUGUCUGGACUGAUGCUGGAGGAUUCUGGCUGGUACUUCUGCUCUGUCGAUCACCUACAAGCUCCUGUUUAUCUCACAGUCACUGAAGCUGCCUCCCCAGACACCGGAACCAAGAACGGCUGGUGGAGUGUUUCUGUCUGUCUCAAGACCAGAUGAGUUGUGUUUAGAUACAUAACAGACAGGUAAAGAUUUCCAUUUGCAUCUAUAAAUGUGAGGACAGAUUGCUGCAGGACUCCAAAUACACCGUUUAUGAUGUCACUGUGAAUCUUGUGAGAUUUCUCUUACAAUGACGGUUACCAUACAGCCACGAAGGACUAGAUAAAUAGAGAAUAAAUUGAGAAUUAGUGUAUUUUUUGUCAUUGUUUUCUGCUUUUUUUUAAGUUAUCAGACCAGAUUUACCAUUUAAAUAUACUUGUAAUGAAAAAAGCUAAUACAUUGUACCUGUUUUCAUUUAGCUCAUUGUGUGCAUUCUGUUUUUCUUUGAAUUCAGCCACAUUUACAUACAAUAUGAGAUAUGUAGUGUAAGUUCUUCAUUUUCAAGAAAAUAAAAACAAAAUAAC